GGACAAGAAGGUCCCGACGUUCUCGCCGACAAGAUCCCGCCCCUUGCCGAGUACCCGGCGCGGAAUACCGAAUGGGAGCGGGCCUUGGCGGAGCGUGACCACCUCCACACCGGAGAUGAAGGUGCGAAAACAACUUUGAAAAACACGACAAAGAUCAACUUCUACAAAAGCAGCAUCUUCCGGAGCAGUAGUACCAACUACAACGCGGAGUACGAUGAGG